UUGAGACACUUGAGGGUGGAACAGAAGGACAGCAGAGCAGAGGGAGAAAAGAAGUGAGCAGCAGGGGGAAAAAAAAAAAAAAAAGCCUAAGAGGGACCCAUGGGAAGAUCAUUAAUCCAGAUAAGGUACUUGAUAAACUGCGCAAUAAACUAAAAAAAAAAAAAAUCACCUCUAUUUUCCCAGAGACACAACAAGACUGACAUUGGAGCCCUGACAGGAGAGACAUUAUUGCAACAGUUCUUUGAUGAUUCUACAUUUAUGAGUCAACACAGGGGGGACAAGCGACAAAGGCACCAGAUAGAAGAGAUAAGUUCAACAGGAUUGUCCGCAACACACAGUCCGAAGAUAGUGACUGAAGAGGAUUAAACGGAAGUGCUUGAAACAAAAGGAUGGCAAACUUAGGUCUCCAGUUGUUAGGUUACUUCCUGGCCUUGGGCGGCUGGAUCGGAAUCAUUUCCACCACAGCUUUGCCCCAGUGGAAGCAAUCGUCAUAUGUGGGUGAUGCAAUUAUCACCGCUGUGGGUCUGUAUGAGGGGCUGUGGAUGAGUUGCGCCUCACAGAGCACAGGACAGGUCCAGUGCAAGAUCUUUGACUCGAUGCUUUCUCUUGACAUCCAUAUCCAGACAUGUCGCGCCCUAAUGGUGGUGUCAGUACUGCUUGGCCUCAUCGGCAUCAUCAUCAGCGUGGUUGGCAUGAAGUGCACAAAGGUGGGAGAUAAUAACCCAACAGUCAAGACACGUAUUGCAGUGACUGGAGGAGCUCUCUUCCUUUUUGCAGGUCUGUGUACAUUGGUUUCUGUUUCCUGGUACGCAACCCAGGUGUCUUAUCAGUUCUUCAACCCAAAUACCCCAGCCAAUGCCAGGUAUGAGUUUGGCUCGGCCCUCUUUGUGGGGUGGGCAGCAGCAAGUCUGACUGUGCUGGGGGGCUCCCUGCUGUGUUGUUCCUGCUCCAAAGAGGACAUGCAGGGCCAGCAGUAUUACCGCCAGUCACAGCCUUCCACAGCCAGGGAGGCAGAGUUGUUGAGUGAAACUAGUUUCCCUGACUGAUCAUCUUUUUAUCAAGGAUUUUCCGACUGUCCAACCACUGUUUCUUCUUCUUCCUGUUGCCUUUGACUCACAUAUUUCUGACAGAAGAAUAUUUAUGGAUGUAAGAUUUAUUAGUCUUUUCUUGGACCGGAUUAAAACUUUAAAUUAUCUUAAAAAUGUGAUUAAUUGUGACUAACCUACAUUACUUUGGAGGUCUUGUACGGCAGAGACAUAACGACAAACACAUUUUGGAUCUUGCCCAUGACUCUUCAUUGGCAUUUUAUUGGAUUUAUACUGUACGUGUGAAAUUACUCGACCUGUCAUAACACCCAAUCAUAUACGUUUGAGAUCUCAAGCAUAUUGGAUCAUGCGGAGCUUUGUACGGGCUUGUUUGCCAGUCCCCAGGUGGAAUGGAAUGUUCAUAAUGUAUAUGAAUACGUUUUGUUUCACUGUGUUAACAUGAAUGACAGAAUAACUGUUGUGGAUGAUCACCGGUCCUGCCUCACUGCCUCAUGUACCGGUUUGCUCAAAGAACAAACAUGUUUAUUUUGUGUAUCACCUCAUUAGUGGUAUAUUCCUGACUGUUUCUUUCAGAAUAAAGAAAGAGAAUUAGC